GAUCCCCGUUGGGGGGUCUCUGUCAGGGGGAUUUGCCUGCCUGGGAAGCUCAUCUGGGUUGGAUGGUGAACCAGGGGGUGUGAUCCUCGUGCAGCCCCCACCCUCGGGGUCUCAGAGCGGGGGGACCAGACUGACCCAGCCCUGGAGAGCCCCCUCCCUGACCUGCUCUGUUCCCACAGGCUGCUGAAGGGGACACGGGAGCGCCGGGAUGCAGAGCAUCAAGUGCGUGGUGGUGGGCGACGGGGCGGUGGGCAAGACCUGCCUGCUCAUCUGCUACACCACCAACGCCUUCCCCAAGGAGUACAUCCCCACCGUGUUCGACAACUACAGCGCCCAGAACACGGUGGACGGCAGGACUAUAAACCUAAACCUGUGGGACACGGCCGGCCAGGAGGAGUACGACCGCCUGCGGACGCUUUCCUACCCCCAGACCAACGUCUUCAUCAUCUGCUUCUCCAUCGCCAGCCCGCCCUCCUACGAGAACGUCAAGCACAAGUGGUACCCCGAGGUGUGCCACCACUGCCCCAGCGUGCCCAUCCUCCUCGUGGGCACCAAGAAGGAUCUGAGGAACAACCCCGAGACCAUGAAGCGGCUCAAGGAGCAGAACCAGGCGCCCAUCACCACCCAGCAGGGCAUCAGCCUCUCCAAGCAGAUCCGCGCCGUCAAGUACCUGGAGUGCUCAGCGCUCAACCAGGAGGGCAUCAAGGAUGUGUUCACCGAGGCCGUGAGGGCCGUGCUCAACCCCGCCCCGGCCAAGCCCAAGAAGCCCUGUGUGCUCUUGUGACGGGCCGGCGAGAGACGAUCCUGCCCCGCCCCGUGCCCCACACACCUGCUGCCCCCCGCCACCCUCCCCGAGCUCGGUGGGACCCAGAGCCCCAGCUUGAAUAACACAGACCUUGUUUGCACUAACUGGCCGCGCGCCCGGGGCAGCGGGCUCCCCGCCCCGGCUGCCAGCGGCCGCUUGCGGUGACGCCCCUCCGGUCCUGGCACAGCAACGCUUCCUGAGAAGGGGAUGCCCGGAGCCCGCUCCGGCCCCGAGCACCCCGCGGGGACCUGCCACCUCCACUCUGUCCGCCAGCUGGGGCACAGGGGGUCCCCAGCCCCUCUGCGCCAGCCCUGGCACUCACCCGGCCCUGAGCAUCUCGCUGGCACUGCCCCAUCCUGCCCCGGGAUCCUCCUGGCGGCACCAGGGGCUCCUGGGGGGUGUUUGGGGUGAGCCCCACACCAGGCACCUGCAGCCCUGCUGAGAGCACAGCCAGUGUGGCCAGAGUAGAGAGUCCCUGCCCUGGCUGGUGCUGGAGCUCCACAGGGCAGCAGGACUUGCCUGUAACCAGCUGCCCCCAGAGCCGCUUCUCCUUAAAUAAAAACCUGCCCAGGC